GCACCUUCUCCAAUGAAAGGCUCACAGAGGGGGACAGAGAGGAGCCCAGGGGAGGGAGGGAAGGAAGGAAGGAAGGAAGGAAAGUUGGAGCAUGAGCUACAGCCUAAGUGCCAGCCCCUCUGGGCCUCAUCAAAUGGAGCUGGAGGAAGAGCCUAUGGCCUCUGGGCUGCAGGGCUCCAGAAAAAGUAAGAUCCAAGGAGACUCCUGCACAGCAAGCGAUAGCACUGUGAGUGAAAAUGAGGAGGAGAAACCUAAUCAGGAAGAUCUUGAGCAGGAUGAGUUAUCGCGACCAGCUGAAGCCCAGAGUCCUGGCUGGGGGAAAGCCAGGCCAGAAAGGCAGCAGAGAAAGAGAUGCACUAAAUCUGCUCAUCAAGCAAGAGGAUCUAAGAAACUAAAAGUCACCCUUAAUCAACAGAAACCCCCCAGGGAGGAGAGCCCCUACAUAUGUACAGAAUGUGGAAAAAGCUUCAAGGGGAGCUCAACCUUCUUGAACCAUCUGAAAAUCCACACAGGAGAAAAGCCCUUUGAAUGUCCUAAGUGUGGGAAAAGCUUCAGCAGGAAGGCAAACCUUGUGGUACAUGAGAGAAUCCAUACAGGAGAGAGACCCUAUAAAUGUAAAGAAUGUGAGAAAAGCUUUGGCCGGAGCUCAAAUCUAAUUGCACACCGUAAAACCCACAUGAAAAAGAAAUCCUAUGCCUGUGCUGCAUGUAGCAAAAGCUUCACUUGCAGCUCAGCCCUUGUCCAGCAUCAGAAAAGCCACACAGAAGAGAAACCUUACAAAUGUACUGAAUGCAGGAAGAGCUUCCGCCUGAGCUCAAACUUCCUUAAACAUCAGAAAGUCCAUGUGAGAGAGACAUCCAGUGAAUGUGCAACAGGAUGUCAUGAGGAACAAAAAAGUGGUGGCGCAGAGCAAGCAGCUAUGGACCAGUCAAGACUUAUACUUGAAGAGUUGAGGAGAAUGAGGGACAACAUGGAUAUGCUUCUUCUGAAUCAGCAAAGUCAGCUACGGGUCCUUCAAGAGAUUCAGAAACAGCUGAAUGUCCUCCUCCCGGGCAAUGAUCUCAUUAAUUCAAAUGUGUACAGCUUGGGACUUCUGUUGGGACAGCAGGCAGCUGCUAUGGCCUCUUUGCCUUUUCCUCUUCUUCUUAACCCCAGUAACCUUCUCCCAGAAAAUGCCCGGCCUUUUUCCUCUCAGGUUUCAUCCCAGACAUCUACUUCUGAAAUUCUCGCUACCACACAACCUCCAAUCUCUCAACUUCCUGCUGCUCCAACAACUGCCUGAUCCAUCCUUGUACUGUAAACAUGGCAAACAAAAUGUUUAUAUAUGAACCUGUCAUUCUGAUUUACCCUGUCUGAGGCAAAUAUGGCUUUUAUAUUGUCGAGUUACAGUUGAGGGGCCUUUCAAGUGCUUUAGCACUGACCCUGCUCUUCAUCUCUGAGGCAUCCUUUACUGAGAUGCAGUCAGUGAACAUAGGGGAUCAAAUCAAUCACACAUUUGCUUACUGUAGUAGCUGGUUUAAUACCAAGGAUGGAUUUGUCCCAGGCAGCCUCUAUUAACAAAGAUGUUCUUCAUGGAGAUGCACCUAAGUAGAGCAUCCUUAUCUGAGGUGCUCUUAGCUAAUGUGUCCCUAACUGUAUGAGGUGUACUUAAGUGGCCCUUGUCUGAGAUGUCUUUAAAAUGCACCUUGUUGAUGCACUCUGGUAAAGCUAUAAAUUUUGGUGCUGUUUCUUACUCCAAGACUUCUCCAUGAGAAAAGACUUAUAAACUUGCAUUGAUUUUAAUAUAGCACUCUGGUUUGUGUUUUUAAAAUGCUACCAUGGUUACAGUUAAUCUAUUCUUUAAAUAUCCCACAUUUUCCAUACAGGAAAAUGUGGUGCUUGUUAGUGUUUAAGUAGGUAUUUAAAUCUCUUUGAUCUAGUUAAUUAGGGUCUAGAUGGUGGCAUUUAAUCCCAGCCUAUGAGUCGGUCUCACAAGGCAAAAAGGCACAGAUUUGCAGGGAGAGCAGGCUCAGUCCCACCUUUUAAGGUAAAUAAAUUUAAGCCACUUUGCAUCAGUUUAACUAAACCUUGUGUGUAAACAAGGCCUUAGACAACAUUCCAUUGACAUAAGCUUUUACUAACAGUCCAUCUUUCAUGAGUUGAGCAUGUCCCAGUGUAAGUGUGUAAAGCUGAAUUUUAUGGCUCUAUACAUGUGCCUCUGGUUGCAGUUUGCAUAGUAAUUCUGACACUCUCUUGCUUUUAAAAUUGUUUUUUUUUAAAUAAUGGUUCUCACUUCAGUGUUCUUAAAUUUCUUCAAAAGUAGGGAAUUAAAAUAUUGCAUUUUCUUAGAGCAGAUAAUUCUAAAUCUAUCUGUGCAGUGCUUUUUCUGUCUCUUGUGGCCAACAAGGGAGAUAAAGAUCUAGUGCACUUGUGAAUCAAUUGCUUUAUUGGGGUUUGGGUAUACUACUUAAGGAUCAUGCCACGUGAAAAGGAGAGUCUGUUCUCACUAGUAAGGGCCUCCUAUUUCAUGGCUGCUUAAUUCACUCCUUGCCCUCCUGUUGAGGCAGAGUUGAGCUCAAAUAUCUUUCUUUCAUUGUUUAAAAAGAAAAUAUGGUUCAGUUCUGAGAUGGUUAGAUGAGGGAAGCAGGGAGCCAACGGAAGUUAUAUGAAGCCUCCUGUGCAAGGACAUAUUCCUAGUGGCCAAAUGCACCAGCUUUUUGGCCCCUACUUACCAGCAAGGUAAAGAGGCUGUAUUGGAACUGAUAAUCAGGCCCUCUGCUUCUAGUCCUCAGAGUUGUGAAAAAACUAAACUUGAGUGAAGACUGAUGCCUUCUCAAGUCGCAGGCAGCUUGAAAUGAUAGUUAAAAAUACAGUCCCCACCUCUGAGCUAUCUCCCUGCUUCUGAUUUAGCAGGAGUAUCCAGCUCCUGUGCUUAUCCUUUAAUUCUGAUCCACCCCCAAUACCUCUUCCCCCCCCCCCCAUUGUCAAAAGUCCCCUAUUUAGUUGCCAAAAAUCUCCGGCUUCCCCCCUUCCAACAAUUUACAUGAUAGUUAGGAAAAUGCUGCAGUGCAUCCAAAGCUGAAAGUGUUGAGACAAGCAGUUUUAUUUAAAAAAUAAAAAUAAACAUUGAC